AUGAAAGCAUUCGACUCAACUCCUCAUGGAACCCGAAAAGUGGUUGUUGCCACGAACAUAGCCGAAGCAUCUAUCACAAUUCCUGGAAUCUGUUACGUCAUCGAUACGGGAUACGUGAAAUUACGGGCGGUCAACGCGAGUAACGGAGUCGAGUCACUGAUGAGGGUUACUGUAUCGAAAGCUUCAGCUGAGCAAAGAGCUGGAAGAGCCGGAAGAAUUCGACCUGGAAAAUGUUAUCGAUUGUAUCCGGAGAAGGAAUUCGAUAAGUUUUCAGAGGGAACGAUCCCCGAAAUUCAGAGAUGUCAUCUGGCGGCGACGAUUCUACAGUUGAAGGCGUUGGGUGUGCAGAAUGUUCAUAAAUUUCAUUAUUUAUCGCCACCACCGUCAUGGUCGAUGAUUCAUGGAUUGGAGCUUCUCUACGCUCUCGGAGCUGUCGAUGAAACAUCCCAACUAACGGAUCCCCUUGGUAUGCAAAUGGCAGAAUUCCCUCUCCCACCAAUGCACAGUAAAUGCCUUCUGAAGUCGGCAGAAUUCGGAUGUAGCGAUGAAAUUGUGACGAUCGUCGCAAUGAUGCAAAUCCAGGACGUCUUCUUAACACCGUUCCGUGCACGUCAUCAAGCUGACGUCAUCCGAAAGAAAUUCUCAGUUGAAGAAGGAGAUCAUAUGACUAUGUUGAAUGUAUUCACAAAGUUUGUUGAAAAUGGGCGGAGCAAGAAAUGGUGUUCCGAUCAUUUCGUCAAUUAUCGUGGACUCAUGAGAGCGGAUAAUGUGAGGAGUCAAUUGGUACGGUUGUUGAAGAGAUUCGGAAUUCCGAAGGUCUCGUGUCGAGGAUUGAUUAACAGUUCGGAAAACAUUCGUCAAUGCCUGGUGACCGGAUUCUUCUCCCAAGCGGCACAAUAUCAUUAUACUGGAAAAUAUAUGACAGUGAAGGAGAAUUUCCCAUUCAAUAUUUACAAAGGAUCGUCGAUUAUGUUCAAAAAGGAUUAUCCGAAAUGGGUAAUAUUCACGGAAGUAAUGCAAGACUCGAUCCGCGACGUGACUGUAAUCGAGCCAGAAUGGCUCUACGAACUGGCUCCACACUAUUAUGAAUUCGGGACGGAAGGAGAGCUGGCGGAGAAGAGAAUGAGAGGAGAAUAA